CCGCCACAAGACAAGCAUCGAAAAACAGUCGACGCGCAAGCAGACGGGAUAAGGGCUAGGAUACGAUCAUCUAUUCAUGUACAGUACAACCCGAGUAACUCAGCAUUGAGCCACAGACCUCACAUCGAAGACCCGCCAUUGAACAGCUUUCCACUCGCAAGAGACCAACCCAUCAACCGAGCACCGCCAGCCCGCCACCAAGAUGUCAACCACGCCCGGCGCAAAAUCCCGAUCCAUGACCCCGACGGUCUUCGAGCAACAACGGGCAGAACUCGUGAGAGAAAUCGCCGUGGGCAUGGAGCAAGUUCUUCAGAAUAUGAAUCGGCUCAAUCGGAACUUAGAGAGCAUCAUCUCUGUGGGGAAUGAGUUUGGCUCCGUCGAGGCCCUGUGGUCGCGGUUUGAGAAUUUCAUGGGCCAGCCGGCUGAGGGGAGUGAGGCUCCGGAUCGGCGGAACGAGGGGCAGCAGCAGCAGGAGCAGGAGGAGGAGGAGGGGCAAAGUGCGCUUCGCGAUGAGGAGAUGAAGGAUGCUGCGGCUUGAUCUGCUCUGUUGGGAGGUGGAGAUAUAUAAUUUGUUGGCUACGAUACCUGGCGAAAAUCGGGCGUUUUGAGUAUGGCGUGAAUCUGUUUUGGCGUGGUUAACGGACCUUGUCUACUUAUUUUGUCGCAGGAUAUCCUUUUUUUUUCUUUUCAGAGAUGAAUGAAUUACUGGAUGAUUGUCCAGUGAAAUUCUGGGGAUAGUGUUUGAAUUCA